GUCAGAGUGAGAGAGAGAGAGGGAGAAUGGAAUCGAAGGAUCGGGUUAGGUUUUCGAUCUCUACCUUCUACUUCUACUCUAUGAUGAUCUUGUUCGUCGGAUUCAUGAGUAGUCUGUGUUUGAAAAGUGAAGCUGCGGUUGUUUCUGCUGCAUCAUUGAGCUGCAAGAAUGGGAAUGGGACGAUAGCAGAGUGUAAUGAGGAGGACGAGGUCAUGAUGAUGGAAUCGGAGAUUAGCCGGAGGUUGAUGGUGGAGCAGACGAAGUACAUAUCUCCGGGAGCUCUCCGGAGAGACAAACCAGUCUGUCAUGGCGGAGGCAGCGGCGAGGCUUACAGCAGAUCUGGAGGCUGUCUUCCUUCUCCUUCAAAUCCUCAUACCAGAGGCUGUUCUAAGUACUAUCGUUGCAGAUCUGAUUCUUGAGAUCUCACCAAAAUUGGUUAUAUGUUGCAAUUUGAUCCGAUUUUCAUCCUAGUUCUUUAAAUUUCAUCGAGGUUGUACUGUAGUCCUUUUUUUUUUUUUUUAAUUUUACAAGAACGGGACAUCAUGAAAUUUGGCAUCGUAAGUAUCCUUCUUUUUCGUCAGAGUUAUUCAAUUUGGGACAUUUAAACAUGCAUAAAUAAAACUAUUUUUUUAAAAAAUAAUAUUUAAAUUUUGUUU